GCUGAGUGGCUGUAAUCUCUCAGAGAGAAGCUGUGGAGCUCUGUCCUCAGUCGUCAGCUCCCAGUCCAAUAGUCUGAGAGAGUUGGACCUUAGUAACAACCACCUGCAGGAUUCAGGGUUGAGUCUGUUGUCAGCUGGACUGGAGAGUCCACAUUGUACACUGGAAAGUCUCAGGCUUGGUUUGUGUAAACUGUCAUGGCGAAGCUGUGAAGCUCUGUCCUCAGUUCUCAGCUCCCAAUCCUCCAGUCUGAGAGAGAUGGACCUGAGUAACAAUGACCUGCAGGAUUCAGGACUAAAGGUGCUCUCCACUGGACUGAGGAGUCCACACUGUCAACUGGAAACCUUCAGUCUGUCAGGCUGUCUGGUCUCAGAGGAAGGCUGUGCUGCUCUGGCCUCAGCUCUGAGCUCCAACCCCUCCCAUCUGAGAGAGCUGGACCUGAGCUACAACCAUCCAGGAGACUCAGGAGACAAACUUCUGUCUGAUGGACUGAAGGAUCCACACUGGAGACUGGACACUCUCAGGGUGGACCAUUGUGGAAAGCAGAGGUUAAAACCUGGUCUGAGGAAGUAUGCCUGUGAACUCACUCUGGACACAAACACAGCACACAGAAAGCUCGAACUGUCGGAAAACAACAGGACGGUAACACUGGUGCGAGAGAAAGAACAGCCUUAUCCCAAUCAUGCAGACAGAUUCGACAGCUGCUGGCAGCUGCUGUGUAUAACUGGUCUGACUGGUCGCUGCUACUGGGAGGUGGAGUGGAGAGGAGACGUUGAUGUAGCGGUGACUUACCGCAGAAUCAGAAGGAAAGGAAAUGCAGCUGACUGCAGGUUUGGAAGGAAUGAUCAGUCGUGGAGUCUGAGCGGCUCUGACGGUGGUUACUCCGUCUGGCACAAUAAUGUAGAAAACGUCCUCCGUCUGUCCUCCUCCUCUGUCUCUGGUAGAGUAGCAGUGUAUGUGGACUGUCCUGCUGGCUCUCUGUCCUUCUUCAGAGUCUCCUCUGACUCUCUGAUCCACCUCCACACCUUCAACGCCACCUUCACUGAGCCUCUUUACCCUGGCUUCGGGUUUGGGUCUGGGCUCGGGGUGGAGUCUUUGAUGCUGUCACUGGACUCAUCAGUGUCGCUGUGUUCACUGUAGGAGGAGGAGUCUCCCUGUGAAGAGAAACACUCAGACUUGUGACUUUUUAAGGGAAUGUAAUAGUGGUUUCCAUUAACCCUCAAAUUGUGCAAAUUAAAACUGCAGAUAUAAAAUACACCUAAUGGAAGCACAUCAGGUUAAAAACAAAAUCCCAUAUUAUCCCAUAAAAGCCAUAUUUCUCAAAACUGCAACUGAAAGAUGUUUUUGACUUUUGUAAAUGCUUUGGCGAUAAAAGAACUGGCUUCACAUAUUAGAAGAUGUGAAAUUAUCUACUGAGAGCUGAACCUUUGUCAUAACUUAGCGGGGGACUGCAGCUACAUGCACCAGGUCUGACUUUAACAUUAAAUGAUAAUGGCUGCUAAUUGGCUAAGAUAUAAGAUACAUCAUCAUGUAAAAAAGAGAUGGUCCACCAGUACA